AUGGAGGCCCCCUCAGCCCAUGGACGCAGAGGCCAAGUCCCCUGGCAGGGGCUCCUGCUGGCAGUCUCACUCUCAACCUUCUGGAUCCCGUCAGCCACUGCCCAGCUGACUGUUAAACCAGAGCCUGCUAAUGUUGCUGAAGGGAAAGAUGUUCUUCUGCGUGUCUACAAUUUGUCAAAGAAACCUCUAAAAUAUGACUGGUAUAAAGGAAGAGGUGUGGACAGCAGUCAACUUAUUAUAUCCUAUAGAGUAGACACUCAAAAUACCACCCCCGGGCCCAUGUGCAGCGGUCGAGAGACUAUAUACCCCAAUGGAUCCCUGCUCAUCCAGAAGGUUACCAAGGCGGACACAGGAGACACCACCGUAUUAGUUUUAUACGAUGACUUCUCCAGUGGAGGAGGAACAGGAUGGUUCCAAUCUUCUUGGCUGAUCAAUGGGAGACCCCAAAGCCCCAUGCAGGUGCUCUUUAUCCCCAACAUCUCAAGUGAUGGUGGAUCCUAUAACUGCCUCAUCCAUAACUCUGUCACUGGCCUCAAUAGGACCACAGUCAGGACGAUCAAAGUCUCUGAGCCAGUGGCCCUACCCUCCAUCCAAGCCAGCAGCACCACAGUCACUGAACACAAGGACUCCGUGAUCCUGACCUGCCUCACAAGAGACACUGGGAUCUCCAUCCUGUGGCUCCUCAAUAACCAGCGUCUGCGGCUCACAGACAGGAUGACGCUGUCCCAGGACAAGAGCUCCCUCACCAUCAGUCCCAUCAGGAGGGAGGAUGCCGGGGAGUAUCACUGUGAGGUCUCCAACCUGGUCAGUUCCAGCAAAAGUGACUCCCUCACCCUCACUGUGAACGCAGGAGGAGAUACCACAGGCCUCUGGGCAGGGGCCAAGAAUGAUAUUGUGAUCGGUGGCACAAUGGCACUAGUGGCACUGGCAGCUGUCCUGGGGUGUGUCGUGCUCGUGAAAAACUCUAGGAGGUAUGCCAGCAUUUCCUACCUCUCUGAUCCUGUCCCAGGCUGA